AUGGCGCAACAUUCCAAUAUCGCCCGGUCGGCUAUCAUGACGUCGGCCACUUCACCUGAGAUUGACCAAAGGAAUAAUAAUGUCAAGAACAAUGGCUCGGGAUCGGGAAAAGAUGGAGCUCUUAUGCCUCCUCCGAAAACUGUGGUCAACCGAGCGCUAGGUAAUGACUUGCAUUCCGAUGUCAAAUCUUCACAGCCGCCAAAGGGCGGAGUCGGAACAGCCCUCACAGACACUCCGGUUUCUACCGCACCCCCGUCUCCACAGAUUCUGGGCCAGAAACAGCCCGCUGGUACACCCAGCCGAGUUAGAGCUACUACCCUUGAUAUCCCUGGCCUGACCAAGUCCAAGGUCUCCCCAGAUGGCCGAAUCGCCCAGCGCGAUGUCGGUGCUAAGCUUGUCAUCGUCAUGGUCGGUCUUCCGGCUCGAGGCAAAAGUUAUAUCACCAAGAAGUUGGCCCGCUAUCUGAACUGGCUUCAGCACGAUACCGAAAUCUUCAAUGUCGGACAGCGUCGUCGCGUGGCUGCUGGAAAGUCCCCGUCAAUGGCCCCGAAUGAACGUAAGCCAAGUGCUAUCCACAAAGAUCUGGUUGAAUCGGUCCGUCGCCUGAGUGUUAGUGUCGGCACCACUUUGAAGCAAAGCGAAACCUCCCCACCGGAGAACCAGACACCGCUCCCCCCUCCAGUUGUCCCAGCCAAGAUUCUCGUGAACGGACAGGAGCCUGAGCAGACUUCUCAGAAUGGAAGUACUGUUGUGCCCUCGAUCGAUGCCGGCCCUGCGCAAUCUCGGGAGGACGAAGAAGCUGUCAAUGAAGCUUCCCCCGAACCCAUGGACCAGACCGCCAACUUCUUCGAUCCACAGAACCAGCGUGCCGUUAAGAUGAGAGAGCAGGUUGCUCUGGACACUCUCGACGAGUUGCUUGACUACAUUCUUGACGAGGGUGGCAGCAUCGGUAUCCUGGAUGCGACCAACAGCACUAUGGAACGCCGCAAGGCAAUCGUCGAUCACAUCCGCCAGCGCGCCGGUCCCGAGCUCAACAUCUUGUUCCUUGAAAGUAGCUGUGUGGAUCAGGAUCUGCUCGAGGCUAACAUGCGUUUGAAAUUGUCUGGUCCCGAUUACAAGGGCCAAGAUCCCACCACGGCAUUGGAGGAUUUCAAGAAGCGUGUUGCUCUCUACGAGAAGUCCUACGUGCCGCUCGGCGAAUAUGAAGAGAAACACCGCAUGGCGUACAUUCAGAUGAUUGAUGUCGGUCGUAAGGUCGUUGCCCACCAGACCCACGGCUUCCUUUCGUCGCAGGUUGUCUACUACUUACUCAACUUCAACCUUUCUCCACGCCAGAUCUGGAUUACACGCCACGGCGAAAGUCUGGACGAUGCUGCAGGCCGCAUCGGCGGCGACUCGGAUCUCAGCGCGAAUGGCAGAAAAUACGCUAAGGCGUUGGCUCGCUUUAUUGAUAAAAAGCGCCGAGAAUGGGAGAAUCACCAGCGCCAAAAGGAUCUUCUCGCGCAAUACCCUCCCCGUCCCGGUGACAGCACACCCCCCAACCCUUCCUACCAUCGUCCCAAUGGCGAACGCAACUUCUGCGUUUGGUCUUCGAUGAUGCAGCGCUCCGUCCAAACUGCCGAGUACUUUAACGAAGACGAUUACGACGUCAAGCAAAUGAGAAUGCUGGAUGAAAUCCACUCCGGGAAGAUGGAAGGCAUGACCUACAAAGAGAUCCAAGAGCAGUACCCCGAAGAAUACGCCCACCGCAAGAAGGAAAAGCUCUUCUACCGCUACCCUGGCCCCGGCGGAGAAAGCUACCUCGACAUCAUCAACCGCUCGCGCGCUGUCAUCGUCGAAGUGGAACGCACCACUGACCAUGUCCUCCUGAUCGGACACAGAUCCGUUGCCCGUGUGCUCUUGGCCUACUUCCGUGGUUUGAAGCGCGAUGAGGUCGCUGAUCUGGAUGUCCCCAUGGGCGUUUUGUACAUGCUGGAGCCUAAGCCUUACGGAGUCGACUUCAAGGCCUACCGCUACAAUCCCGAGAGCGACUGGUUUGAUUAUUUGCCGGACUACGAACUCCACCAGGUCAAGGCUCAGACGACCCACUAA